UGAGAAGCCCAAGGCCAAUUGCGACUUGAACUACCCAAGCGCAGAGUACUUAUAGCAACAUCCUACCACGAGAUACCCAGCGCAAUUGCGCCCCACCACCAUGCGCCUCACCUCGCGGACCCAGAAGGCCAUCGCCUGGCUUAGCCUCGCGCUCUCCACCGCCAAUGCAUCGUACAUAAUAGACAACCUGAGCUUCGGCCAGAAAGAAGGCGAGCCCAUAUCGCCUAAUCUCCGUGGAAUCCCCCACUACUUUGCGAAAGGUCUUGGGUGGGACAUCGAGAUACUAUCCGACCGCGCGGUCCUUACGCCCCCGUGGCCCGGAAACCGUCGAGGAGCACUAUGGAGCGAAGACCCACUACACCAUGCUGGCGAUUGGAAUGCAGAACUGCACUUCCGUGCUUCAGGCAUGGAGCGGGGUGGUGGGAACCUGCAGCUGUGGUACACGAGGGAGUCGCAGAAGAACGACCCGCCGGCGAGCUUGUACACUGCACCCAAGUUCGAUGGGUUGGUACUGGUUGUCGACCAAUACGAGGGACGGGGCGGAUCGGUGCGGGGGUUCUUGAACGCUGGAGACGUCGAUUUCAAGGUGGCUCAUGAUCUGGACCAGCUGGCUUUCGGACAAUGCAACUAUGCGUACAGGAACCUUGGGCGCUUCAGCGUGCUGAAGAUGUCGCAGGCAAAUGGCAAGUUCGAAGUCACCGUGGACGGCAACCCAUGCUUCUCCACCGACAAGGUCCGACUCCCCGAAGGUUACUACUUCGGUAUCUCCGCCUCCUCCGCCGAAAACCCCGACUCCUUCGAAAUCCAGAAAUUCCUCGUCUCCACUACAAACGCCUACACGCGCGAGGAGCCCGGCUCCCACAAGCAGCAAAACCAGCAGCAGCAGCAGCAGCAGCAGCAAGACCAAAACCAACAGCAAAACGUGCAGCCCCCGCCUCGUGUCCACGGCAACUGGCUCCAACGCACCCAAGAGCAAAACAAACCCCUCGACCCCAACAUCCCGCAGAUGGUCGAAGAUGUCUUCGCGGCCAACAUCAAGUCCCAGCAAGAUCAGUUCGCGGACCUGCACAACCGGCUGCAGAUCAUCAACCACAAGAUCGACGGGCUGUACGACCUGCUCGAGAAAGUAGCUGCAAAUGAGGACCAGCGCUUCGACCAGCUCAUGGGCCGCGUCGUCCCGAUGCACGACCAGAUCUCCGCGACGAUGCGGAAUGUGGAGAAGGUGGAGCGCACGACUAUGGAGACGCUGAGGGAUCUCGAGAGCAAGGAUUUCAAGGACUUGUUGAAUUCGGUGCAUAGGAGCAUUGAGCAGGGGCACAGUGCGAUGAGUGCGAAUAUCCCGGCGGCCAUCAGUGAUAUCGUGGACAAGGGCAGACCUAGCAUGACCUCUUUCUUCUUCGUGGUGGUUGCGGUGCAGGUCAUGGUCUUGGGCGCGUGGCAGCUGUACAAGAAGAGGCGGAACAGUGCACCAAAGAAGUACCUAUGAGGCUCUUGUCGGUCCGUGCGUGGUCCUUCGUUUGUUUAUGAUUUGAUGCAUGCGACUGGCUGGCUAGAGAACUGUAUUAUAGGUCUACUUGUGCGGCCAUACAGGAAGUUUGGGCGAUAUAGCAUCGCGGGCGGGGCUGCUGUUUGGUUGGAGCUGUAGAUACAGAGUGAGUGACAAACAUGUGCGCACGGCCCAAGCAUACGGGGUGAUUGCGAGCAGGACUUGGGAUGCAGAUGCACAAC